CCAAUUAAUCAAUCUUUUCUUUGCCGUCGCCAAAGAAAAGUAUCCAACAUACCUAAAUUGAGAUACUCGGAAUCCGCCCAUCUCCCUUGAACUCUUCGGAAUAUCCAGGCGCCGCAAUUCGUUCUCAAUUGCACCAAUUCUAUUCAAAUCUUUCCAAGAUUGAAGAGGGUUUAAUUUAGUAAGCUUUAUAUUUGGUAAAUCUUGCUCAAUUAGAAAUCGAUUCUUCCAAAUCGUGAGAAGAUUCCUAUGAAUAGGUGGCCGGUUACGUCAAAUAUUUCUUUCAAAUCGAUACUAAGAACUAGAAGUUCUCUGGCUCAGAAAAACGAGAGCAACUCUUUGCCUCAGACUUCCUGCUACCGUUGAUCCUAGGGUUAUAUUUGACAAAAAAUCUGGAAGAAGCAAAAGAUUUGAGCGUUUGGCAAGGCCUAGAGUGGAGGAAGCUGGAGUUCCUGUUUGACAAUUAAAUGUGCAUAUCGGAGAGACUCCCAAUCCGACAUAGAGUUGAAACUAUGGGAACAUGAUUGAGCUUUGGAAUCGGUUGGAAUAGGCUCCAGCGAGAUAGCACUGAAAAAAUUAGUGGACGACAUGGCAAGCCGCUGUGAAAUUUUUUAGGCAAUACCUAGAGCACACAAACUGGACAACAAAAUCAGGGAACAUAUCAGUGAAGACUUUCCUAUCAAAAAAGCCUGUCUUCUUCGACUCUCCACGCGGAAAUCUUCAUCGCAUCAACCUAUAGCUGAUUCUUCUCCAAAAAUAUCAUGGAUUUUCUGCGUGAUUUCUUCGGCGAAGGGAAGGAAUUGUACAGCUACUCUAUCAAUGAAGGAAAGUCUCCAAUUUUGUGAAAAAACGUAUUUCAGAUCCGGAAUUUUCUAAGCGUCAAAACGAGCCAUUCACCAUUUGUUGAAGAUCAAUCCAACCAGUGAACGUUUGAGAGUUUUGGUUCGUGUGAUUCGACUGUGUACGUUGUCGGUGUACAAUGAUGAAAAGGCAACGAAGUCAAUUGAGAUGAUAUUCAUGGAUGAACACGGGGUGGAAUGGUACAUGGAUAUUCUGACAUCAAUUCUAGUGCAAUGUUGGGUGUGAUCAAACUAAUGGUAAGUACUUUUAUUUUUUGACAGUGGCUUUUGGAUUAUAAAUGCAGUAAAAUGCUGAUAGUGGGAAAAUGUGUUGUCUUUUAAAAAAUCGAAAUUAACUUUUGUGGCUUUUGCAUCUUAUGCUAGAAGCCUAACCUAUUUAGCCUAUGCAUUGAAUGUGGUAUUACCUUUGGAUUUGUUGUCGAUUUUAAUAUAUGACUCCGUAGUAGUUUGUAAAAUGACACAUGUAUUAUAGUCACUGAUUUCCUGAGUUGUUUGAGGUCAUUGAAGACGUGAGGCUUCCGGAGAAAACACUAAUGCCAGCAUGCUCUUUAAAGACAAUUUUAGAAAACUCCAUGUAAUAGAAUAUAUAAAUACACUUCAUUCACCUAUAUUUUUUUAUUAGUAUUCAAGUCAUCUUCAAUCCAAAUUGAAUCUAGAUUUUACAUUUUCUUAUAAUCAUGUGUUCCAUGGAUUCUUUUUUAGAAAUGGAAGUUUGUGUUUCUAUUAUUAGAAGAAACUUUGUAGUCAGCCAAUGCAAUGAGAACAGUUAUUAAAAAAGCUUCCACUCUCGUCUUUAUUAAAGAUAUUCCCGCCGAGAAGAAAGUGAUUUAUUGCAGCGGUUGAGUUUCCGGCCGGAGAUAUGGAGCUGAGACGGUUGUUGUUGGCCACUCUGGCGGUCCUGUUCUCCUCCGUUGACCUUUGCGUCCAUGCUUGCUCGCCGGCGGACCUGGCUGCUCUGCUUGACGUCAAGGCGGCUCUCGACGAGCCGUACUUGGGGAUUCUGGACACGUGGAGCGGCACCGAUUGCUGCUCCGGCGCCUGGUACGGCGUCAGCUGCGACCCUGCCACGAAACGGGUGGCGGACCUCAGUCUCCGGGGAGAAUCGGAGGACAAGGUCUUUCAGAAGGCCGGCCGGUCCGGGUACAUGAAGGGCCGGAUUUCGCCCUCGGUCUGCAAGCUAGACCGCCUGAGCACACUGAUUCUGGCGGACUGGAAGGCCGUCUCCGGCGAGAUCCCGCCGUGCGUCGCCACGCUCCCCAACCUCCGCAUCCUCGACCUCGUCGGGAACCAAAUCACCGGCCCGAUUCCGUCCAACAUCGGGCAGCUGACCCGGCUCACCGUUCUCAACCUCGCCGAUAACCGAAUCUCCGGCAGCAUCCCCCCUUCCAUCGUCAACCUGAGCAGCCUAAAACACCUAGAUCUCAGCAGCAACCAGCUCUCCGGCGAACUCCCCGAGAAUCUCGGGAACCUCCAGAUGCUAAGCCGCCUCCUUCUCAACAAAAACCAACUCACCGGUCCAAUCCCGGCCGAUUCAAUCGCAAACCUCCGCCGCCUCGCAGAUCUAGAUCUAUCGAUGAACCAGAUCUCAGGUUCAAUCCCGGCUCAGCUGGGAUCGAUGGCGGUUCUCUCCACCUUGAAUCUCGACAGCAACCGCCUCUCCGGCGGGGUACCCGCCGAUCUGCUCGGCAGCACGGGAUUAAACAUCCUCAAUCUGAGCAGGAACUCGCUGGAAGGAGAGUUGCCGGACGUAUUUGGAUCGAAGACGUAUUUCACGGCUCUGGAUCUGUCCCACAACAACCUGAGAGGCAGAGUGCCGAGAUCCUUGUCGUCGGCGAAGUACAUCGGGCACUUGGAUCUGAGCAACAACCAUCUCUGCGGCACGAUUCCGACGGGAUCGCCGUUCGACCACCUCGAAGCGUCUUCUUUCUCCAACAACGAUUGCUUGUGCGGAUCGCCAUUACGCACUUGUUAAUUAAUUACUGUAUUAUAAGUAAUCGAUACGAUUUUAAGUAAUUAAUUAAUUAAUUGCUUUAUUUGUGGGUGUAAUUGUCCAAUCGCUUGCCAUGAAAUCACUGCAUGUAGGUAUUAUUUGUGCAAUAAAUACUCAGCUACCAAUCAAAAAUGUUGCCAACU